AUGCCUCUCGACACAUCCACAUACUCCCUCGCGCUCCUGCGCAUCGACGGCCGCCGGUGGAACGACCUCCGGCGGCUGCACGCCCAGAUUCACACGCAAGAGGCCGCGGACGGAUCGUCGUACCUGGAGAUGGGCCACACCAAGGUCAUGUGCGUGGUGACGGGCCCUGCGGAGCCACAGGCAGGGCAGCAGAAGAGGGGCACGGCCGGAGGAGGAGGCGCAGGUGGUGCACUGGGCGGUGGGCAGAAGGACGGGGCGGGCAUCGUGGUGAACGUGGUGGUUGCUGGGUUCUCGAGCGUGGACCGGAAGAGGAGGGGGAGGAAUGAUAGGCGCAUCCAAGAGAUGGAGAUUACCAUCCAGAAAGCCCUGGCCGCCAACCUGCACACCCAUCUCUUCCCCCACUCGACAAUCACCGUAUCCCUCCACGUCCUCUCCCAAGACGGCUCCUUGCUCGCCGCGCUCAUCAACGCGACGACGCUCGCGCUCAUCGACGCCGGCAUCCCCAUGACGGACUACAUCACCGCCUGCACCGCCGGCUCGACCUCGUCCUACGCCGCGGGCGACGACUCCGCCGAUCCGCUGCUCGAUCUGAACACGCAGGAGGAGCAAGAGCUGCCGUUCUUGACCGUCGCCACGCUGGGUGAUUCAGACAAGGUUGCGGUGCUGGUGUGCGAGAGCAGGGUGCAGGUGAGCCGGUUGGAGGGCAUGCUCGUUGUGGGCGUGGACGGGUGUAGGCAGGUGAGGAGGUUGCUGGACGGGAUCGUGAGGGCAAAGGGGAGCAAGAUGAUCAAAGAGGGGGUGGUGCAGAGGAGUGAUUUGAUGGCUGUGAGUUUGGAGGAGUAA